AUAUUUAAAAGACAAUUUUAGUUUGGUUCGUUUGAACUUUGGUUUGAAGUGAAGUGUAGUGAGAUCGAACUGUGCUUAAUUUGACAUUUUUACACGUGCAUUUUCUGGCUAAUACCACCCUGGAAAAAAUAUCGCAAAUUUUCGUUCCAACAGGUAAACUCCUAUAGAACAGACGGUUGAGUAUCAAUCACGUCAAGAACCAAACUAAUGUGCUACUAAGUUCUAGUAUUAACACUUCUGGCCAGUGACAAUUAUAUAUUUCUAUACUAACAUCAUCAGGAGCCCUAUUAAUUAUAAACUCAUGUUCAAAUUACCAAAAAGUUCAGCUAUAUGUGGAUGGUGGCUGCGUCUCCCGACAUACAAAACAUUUGAAGUCCCAGGGCAGCUAACUACUGCCGACAUCUUAGGUGGGAUUCAACCCAUAAAUUUCCAACCAUGAACCCAAAGGACACAUAUCAGUCCACCGAAAGUAUAGAUUCGCAAAUAAGUGGCAAAGUCGUACCCGAUCCCAAUCAACUCACAACAACGACAAUCAUAAGUUUGUCCCCUGACUUUAACUUCAAGAAUGAGACGAAGACAAAACGCACUAACCUCGACAAGCAAAAAUCAAUAGAAUCCGUACUGUCCACUCCUAGCGAAUGUGAAAGAUUAUUGAAGAAAGAAAAAUGGUAUUCUGUCACUAUACAGAUUUUUAUACCUUUUAUGAUUGCUGGUAUGGGUACAAUAGGAGCUGGAGUAGUGCUAGGAAAAGUUGAGAAAUUUGAAGUGUUCACAACUGUGAGGGCCCUGUACGUUUUAGUACCAGCACUGUUGGGUCUCAAAGGAAACCUGGACAUGUGUCUAGCUUCCAGGUUAUCCACACAAGCGAAUUUAGGUAACAUGAAAGGGAAAAAAGAAAUCUUCAAAAUGAUUAUCGGAAACAUCGGGCUUGUUCAAAUUCAAGCCAUUGUUGCAUCAUGCAUAGUGUCAGUAUUUGCAAUAACUGCUUCUGCAGUUGUUAAUAGAACUUUUGAAUGGAACCAUGCAUACCUUUUAGCCGCCUCCAGUACCUUAACAGCCACUUUAUCUUGUUUCACCUUAGACUUCGUCUUGAUAUCAGUGAUAUUUAUUUCACAUAGAAUUAAGCUGAAUCCAGAUAAUUUAGCAACGCCUUUGGCGGCGAGCAUCGGUGACGUUGUUUCCUUAGUAGUUCUGUCAAGCUUUGCCAGACUAUUGUUUAUAAUACAUGAUACUCAUACAUGGGUAAUGUUUGUAAUCGUUGGAGUAUAUGUCCUAAUUAUUUUACCUAUUUGGAUCAUAAUUGUUAGGAAAAAUGAAUAUACCAAAAAAGUUCUAUAUAGAGGGUGGACACCAGUUAUAUCAGCUUUGUUUAUUAGUGGUGCUGGUGGUUUAGUCCUGGACUCUGCAGUCAACCAAUUUCCAGGGUACGUCACUUUCCAACCUAUAAUUAAUGGCAUUGGAGGAAACCUUGUCUCGGUCCAGGCCAGUAGAACAUCCACUAUGUUACAUAAAACCUCGAUAAAAGGAGUUAUUCCUCCGCAUACUAAACAGUGGGUUGCUCCAUGGACGGCACUCAUUGCUGGAGUGUUCCCUGCUAAAACUGCUCGUAUCUUAUUGGCACUUUCCAUCCCUGGUCAAAUAGUUUUUGUGAUAGUUGCUGAUGUAAUCGCCAACAAUGGAAAAGUUCUUGCCACGUUAGCAUUCGUUUGCUCUUACUUAUCUGUUAGCUUUAUCCAGCUGAUAAUUCUCCUCUACGUGGCUCACUUAAUGGUACAUACAAUGUGGAAAUUCAAGAUCGAUCCAGAUAACUCAGCUAUUCCUUAUUUAACUGCUCUAGGAGAUCUCUUGGGGUCGACUUUACUCUUGGCAGCCUUUAUCUUCCUCAGGUCGAUAAACCAAGAAUACAACCCAAAUACAGAUAGUUAGUAACGACCAAAGCCGAUGUUAAAGUUACCUACUAGUAUUUAAGGCUGUGUAAUCAUAGUUAGAACGAUGUACAAAAUAGAUACGCUAGUGCUGGGCGCCUCCAAAAAUUCUCAACUAAAUUUAAGGGUUCGAUUUUGUAUUGAAAAUACUCAUAUUGAGAUUUGAAGAUGUGGAAUAUUUAUUGACUAGUUCUGUGCAGAGAUAUAGAUAUUUUGCGAGACAGAUGGCCAAUGUCAUGGUUAGGUCUAAGUAGAUUUUUCAUAAGCGAUCAAAAUGUUGACUUAGUUAUAUUAUCGUUUUAUUUUUUUUUAAAUUUCUGACGCAUUACCAUGGCUUUAUUAAACUGUCUAAUAUAAAGUAUUACGAACGUGUUACUUUAUAAGUAUUAAGUUAUUUUAAAAUAUUAGUUAAAUUAUUAUUUUAGGUAGGACUAAUUGACUUUAGUAUUUAGCUUUUAGUAAUUUUAAACUGAGGAGUUCCUCAUUGAGCGAUUGCAAUCCCUUGUUUUAUUAUAAAAAUUGGAAGUAUUUAUUUCCUCAAAAAAAAUUAGAUAAGUAAAUUUAAAACAUAAUAAUAUAAGGUAUUUUAUACUACAUGUUUAUUUAUUUUUUUAUUUCGAAAUGUAUUACAGAUAUAUUAUUAGAAUCUAGACAUAGGUAUGUCUAAGUACAUCCUUAUGUCCUAUGUCUACAUAAUAUAUUUGCAAGAUAUGUUCGUAUGAUAAAUGAUUCAAAAAUACAA